GCCAAGCCCGGGCCCGCGUUCGCUGAGGUGUCGGUGUUACGGGAGGGGCGCUGCUCGGUGCUUUCGGUGGGACCGGAGGGGCGCUGCUCGGCGCUUUCGGGGUGACCGGAGGGGCGCUGCCCGGUGCUUUCGGUGGGACCGGAGGGGCGCUGCUCGGUGCUUUCGGGGUGACCGGAGGGGCGCUGCUCGGUGCUUUCGGUGGGACCGGAGGGGCGCUGCUCGGUGUUUUCGGGGUGACCGGAGGGGCGCUGCUCGGUGCUUUCGGGGUGACCGGAGGAGCUCUGCUCGGCGCUUUCGGUGGGACCACAGGGGCGCUGCUCGGUGCUUUUGGGGUGACCGGAGGGGCGCUGCUCCGAGCUCUCGUUGAAUCCGGAGGGGUGCUGCUCCGCGCUCUCAGUUGAUCCGGAGGGGCUUUGCUUGACGCAAUCGGUGGGACCGGGCAGGCGCUGCUCCGCGCUCUGGCCGUGGAUGCUCGCCCCGCAGAGAGGAGCUGGGGGUGAGGCCGCCGCGGGCUCGCAACCUCCACUCAGGGCCGCUGCACUGAAGAGAUGAGUGGUGGCUUGGCACCAAGUAAGAGCACGGUUUAUGUAUCCAACUUGCCCUUCUCCCUGACGAACAAUGAUUUAUACAGGAUAUUUUCCAAGUAUGGCAAAGUUGUGAAGGUUACUAUAAUGAAAGACAAAGACACGAGGAAGAGUAAAGGUGUUGCAUUUAUUUUGUUUUUGGAUAAAGACUCUGCCUUAAACUGCACCAGAGCAAUAAAUAACAAACAGUUAUUUGGUAGAGUAAUAAAGGCAAGCAUUGCUAUUGAUAAUGGAAGAGCAGCUGAGUUCAUCCGACGGCGAAACUACUUUGAUAAAUCUAAGUGUUAUGAGUGUGGGGAAAGUGGACACUUAAGUUAUGCCUGUCCUAAAAACAUGCUUGGAGAACGUGAGCCUCCCAAGAAGAAAGAAAAGAAGAAGAAGAAGAAAGUUCCUGAACCAGAAGAGGAGGUUGAGGAAGUUGAAGUGAGUGAAGAAGAAGGGGAAGAUCCGGCUCUGGACAGUCUCAGUCAGGCCAUAGCGUUUCAGCAAGCCAAGAUUGAAGAGGAGCAAAACAGAUGGAGAGGCAGUCCAGGGGGUCCCGCAGCCUCCGAUGAUUCCAGACGACCAAGGAUAAAGAAAAGCACAUAUUUCAGUGAUGAAGAAGAACUUAGUGAUUAAAAUUGUAUUUAUUUUGUAAAUAUUAUUCAAAUAAAAUGUUACUGUACAAAAU